UUUCAGAAACACACCCGGACGUCACUACUACUGGGAUGGAGGUCACGACGAACAUCCGGGGAGAUGGAAAUAGAUUUUUAUUUGUACUGGAAACUGGAGAUGAAACACCGGAAAAUACCAUCUCGAUAACUAUGCGAUGAGCAAUUAAUCCCCAUCUAGACCUCUAUUCUGAAGGGAAGGUCAGUAAGAAGUAGAGUAGACCGACGAAACGUUACGCGCACUCAAACCGUCUAGAGGUAUGCCAAGGAGUUGUAGGAUAUAUUCACAACAGAUCUGAUGAUGAGGCUGCUGAUUUGAGGCGACGUUGAGUUGUGGACGGGAAUUAUAUGAAACGGCAGUCCAAUGUGUGAUGUGAUGCAUGGUUGGCCUGCCCCUUUUUCUUCCUCAUGGGAUCGAGCCGAUUCUAUGGAUAGAUCUCAUGUCAUCCCAUCCCCUCCCAUCCAUCCAGUCAAGUUGGCCGACUGGGCCGGCUCCAUGCAGCUAGAUUAUGUGGACAUUUACCAGGAGGUGAUGUUCAAGAAUACGUAUGUACUUUUGAAAAAGAUAAUUAUAUAUUUCAAAAUUUACCAAUGGAUCAAUUGACGUGGUAAUGUUAGAAUAUAAAUAGAGGAUAAUCAACAGCCGUGCAGUGCAACCAACACACGACCUUUUCAAUGCCCAGAGUUAUCCCGGGCUUUCGUGGAUCUCUUUCCAGCGCUGUCACUCGCCCGCCAGAAUAUGCCCGGAUACUGCUGCGUGAGCGUCGGGUCUUGUGUCCAGGGUCUGUUGGCACAUCCUGCCUCUUGAAACACGGCCACGCUAGCCACUAACCCGCCUGGGACGGGGCGAGAGGGAACAUCCAGGGCAAGCUUGGACAGGGCAGGGCAGGGCAGGGCAAGGCAGGGAGGGGAGAACAGUUCUGCGGCGAGACGAGAGGGUUAAUAGAGACGAGAAUAAUAGAGCAGAGAGCGAGGUUCCGAGGGCGUGGAACGACUGACCGACUGGAAUAAUGGACUGAAUGGAGAUGGAGACGAGAGUUCUUUGUGAGGAGCAUCAGUUUAAGUCCAAUCCGUCUGGGUUAGAGGAGCGUCGAAAGCCCUAGCCCUGUCUGUCUGUCUGUCUGUCUUUAACCUGUUACCCCCUGUGUAAGGUAUUCUAGCUAUUCUAUUCUUUGCUACCCAGACUCCAUACUUUUCCACCCUAUUCGCCGCAGGUAUCUAUCCUAACCCUUACCUCAUCCCUUUCUAUCCUACGUUCUUCUGCGCGUCCUCUCCUCAGAUUCAUUCCCACUCUUCCAUGUCGACGCCUACAAGUAUGUUCGGCCCAUGCCUUGUCCUGCCCUGAUGCACUGAUGCUGUUCACAGCACCAUACCUACGCAACACACACAAGCGAAAGCCACCUAACCUAGCCACGCAGCCACGGCCCUAGCCCCCCCGACCCCCCCGACCCGCAAAUCCAUGAUUCGGCCCCUUCCAGGUUCCUCAAACCCUACGCCAGACCUUCAUCUACCUUAGGUUCGUACUUCAACACCACACUCUUCCGUCUCCUCUCCUCCACCACCACCACCACCACCGCAACCUCUCCUCCCUACUACCUCCCUUCCUUUCUAUCGAAUCGACGACCUCGUGAUCUCGACCUGCUCGUCAAGCUUCGCUUUCCUGUAUUAAUGAUCGUCGUCUGCAUGUUGGCCAGCAAAGCAUCAACAGCAUCCUCCCCUUUCUGCCUUUCUCGGAAACUUUAAUCGCCAGUACUCGAACUCUCAGUCUCCAGCGCACUCCUGCACUCCCUACGGUCGCACCCCAUCCCCGUAUUCGCAUUUCACGAUCGUCUGCAGACUCUUCAAAAGAAGUACUUCCUUCACACUGGACAACCGACCCUAUCGGCAUCAUCGCAUUCCCUUUCCCUUUUACCUUCCUUCCAUUCGAUCUUCUCUGCGGCGCCGUCAUCGAGUGACCUCAAGCGGCCCUUUUUAAUAGAUCAGACGCUUCGUCAAAGAAUUUUCCAAAACACGAGCCCGCCACACCCCACAAUCCUUCCAACGCUUAACAACGCACUCCUGGCAGCUCACGGCUUUCGACCCUCGCAUCGAUAGAUUCGAAUUCCCUCCCGUCGAAUCCGAAAUCUUUUUGUCGUCAUUGAAUUGACCGACACCUAUCCUCGCGAUACAUUCGAAUACACUUCCUACCCCAUCUCUCGUGCCAGAUUCGAGAGAUCUUUGGUGGACGAAUAAUCUAUAAUGUCAUCUGCAAGAUCUGAACACCUUACGCUUGGAUACCUCCCUCCGGCUUCUGGGCUCACCCGUUCAAAUUCUUCGACUGCCAACAACUCCCCCACAGAACCUUCCAGCGGAAACGCUCUACGAUCUCCCUUUGGAUUGCCAGGCGGCUUGAAUUCUGCAGGGAAGAUGGCCAACAACUCGCGAUCGGGGGCCGGCUCUCCAUCGCACGAAUUGGGUGGCAGCGCAAGCCGAUUGUUCUCGAAGAGGUAGGCAGAUUCGAUUGAAUUUGGUGGGGUUUUAGCUAACGAGGACAGAGCACGAGAAAUUCAGGCACAGGAGGGUCUGCCAGUCAAUGUCUGGGGACCUCCAACCAGUGGAAAUUCGACUCCUCUUCGUGAGAACAUCCCCGAAUCGCCUACUGAUGGCUUCCCUGAUUUCGCACAACUUCCUACACCCGAGAGUCUCCCAUCGACUGCGAGAAGAGCAAGAGCUGGCACGGUCCCAUCUCGAUUCUCUCCUGGUGGUGCUACAAAUGGAUUGGGACCAUUGCCUUCUCUAGCAAAGACCUCUCGACCAACUCCAUCGCACAGUCCUUUUCAAACCCCUUCUCCUUCGUCGAUCGGUGAAAUUCCUGAGCAUAACUCUACGGCUAGUAAUGCUGCUCUUUUGUCUCGACUCCGUGCUGGAUCAAUGCCACAACGAAGUCAAUUUUCCAACGGUGCUGGACCAUUUGGACCUUCGGUUUUCUCUACCAAUUGGGCUUCUGGAAGAGAGCGAACCUCUACACUUGCCAGCAUUGCGAGUGCCGGCUCUAAUCAACCAAGCUCUCCAGCACAAUCGUCAUUUUCAAGAGAAGGAACUGGAGAGAACGAUAUGCAGAUGCGAACUCUGGAUUACCUUGGCCUGGCAGAUACCCCACAACCACCUCGAGCUCAAUUGGCAAAUCCUUUCCUUGCGAAUAUUGCAGACAUUAACAAGAACCGAUUCCGAUCAUACUCGGUGAAUGCAAAGGAGAAAUAUGCCGAGGAGGAAGAGGAGGAGUAUGGAUCUGGAAAUAUGACUCCAUACGAGGCACAACAAGCUCAAUUGCAUAUGCAACUUGCCGCUACGAAUGCUGCUAUUCAACAGCACAAUCUGGCCGUUCAGGCUUUUGCCAAUCAAGCGUCUGUCAACCGACCCAGAGCUAGAACUGCAGGCGUCCUCGAAUCUCCAACUUCCCGACUACUGAAGCAUUAUUACCCAUCGGCGUCUCGACUUGACAACAGCAUCACUGCUUCGGAUCUGGGAAUGGCUGAAGCUAGAGAGUAUGAUGAUAUCCCAGCUGCUGUAGCUGCCAUGUCCCUCGGCAGAUCGAACAGCAGAAAUGAUCACCUCAACCCGGAUGAUAACUUGGAAGGCCCUACUCGAGCUCUUUGGCUUGGAAGUAUCCCACCAUCGACUACCGUCUCCACACUCAUGGAAAUGUUCAAGGCACAUGGUCCAAUUAUCUCGGCUCGUGUUCUUACCCACAAAAACUGCGGUUUCGUCAACUUCGAACGUCUAGAAAGUGCAAUGUCUGCGAAGCAAUCGAUGAAUGGUACUGAGAUCUUCCCUGGUGCUGGACCUGUACGAAUCAAUUUCGCAAAGCCUCCCUCUCCUUCUGGUACUCCUGGACCUGAUGGAACAUUCCCAUCACCAAGUCCCGAUCCAUUCAAGGAGAAUGGUGUCAAUGGUGAUGCUGGUGUUAUCUCUAGACCAGGAACUGCUCCAUUGACAAUCCCAGCUCUUCCGGACAUGAAAUCGGAGAUUCUCAAGAUUGUUUCCGAGUUUGGUGCUACCCCAGACGACAAGAUCAAAAUCACACACAGUCUUGAAUCUGCUAUCGGAUUCAAGGGGUACCAAUCCGAGAUCCCCGCCAUUUCUGAGCCUUCCCACAACAGGAUCCAUGAUGCUCCUAAGCUUCGUGAUAUCAGAAAGCGGAUCGAUAACCAAAGCUGGUCACAGGCUGAGAUUGAGAAUAUCGCUACUGAGAUGUUACCUGAGAUUGCAGAGUUGUCUUCGGAUUACCUGGGCAAUACUGUUGUUCAGAAGCUGUUUGAACAUUGCUCGGAUGAGAUGAGGGAUGCCAUGUUGACUGAGAUUGCUCCUCAUAUGGCUGAGAUUGGUGUUCAUAAGAACGGUACAUGGGCUGCACAGAAGAUCAUUGAUGUCUGUAAAACGCCAAAGCAGAUGGGCAUGAUCAUCAAGAACCUCCAGCCAUACACCGUCCCGCUCUUCCUCGACCAGUAUGGAAACUACGUUCUCCAAUGCUGCUUGAAGUUUGGAUCUCCAUUCAACGAUUUCAUCUUCGAAUCCAUGCUCAGCCAGAUGUGGGAGAUUGCCCAAGGAAGAUAUGGUGCCCGGGCCAUGCGAGCUUGUCUUGAAAGCCACCACUCUACUAAGGAACAGCAACGAAUGCUUGCCGCUGCCAUCGCCCUUCACAGCGUUCAAUUGGCUACCAAUGCCAAUGGUGCUCUUCUCCUCACUUGGUUCUUGGAUACCUGCACGUUCCCACAACGCCGAACCGUUCUCGCUCCUCAACUUGUACCAAAUCUUGUUCACCUAUGUACUCACAAAGUUGCGUAUCUUACUGUUCUCAAGGUUAUCAACCAGAAGCUUGAGGCCGAUGCCAGGGAUACUAUUCUUCAGGCAUUGUUCUUUUCCAAGAACGAUGAGACGCUCGAGGCAAUUCUUUCGGAUCAUGCUUGUGGUGCUACACUGAUCUUCAAGGUCUUGACCACUCCAUUCUUUGAUGAAUCCAUUCGCACGGAUGUCGUUGAGAAUGUCCGAAACGUUCUCAUCAGACUCAAGGCUCAGCCAGCUCAAGGAUACAAGAGGUUGAUGGAUGAAGUUGGACUUUCCACUCGAAAUGGAAGCACUGGACCUCGUGAGCCAUCCAGUCAUUCAAAUGAUCGCCAAAGACCUGGAUCGAAUCACAGUCAAGCUCAUAUCGCUCCACAAUACGGAAAUCAAUUUUUCCCUCAGAUGCCACAACCUGGAUUUGACAUGGGCAUGCAGAGAACCGAUAGCAUGGACUCGAAUCUUGGAUACCAGUACGGAGUUCAGCCUCAACUGUUCAACCCGACUGUUCAGAUUCCUCCCAUCAAUAUUCAGCAACUUCAAUACCAGCAAUCUCUACUGGCACGAGCGGCUCCUCAGAUGAACAACUUCUACCCGUCCAUGCAAUCUGGUUUCGGAUACAGCAGCCCUUCGAUUGAGAAUUAUCGCAACCAGAAUCCUAUCCAGCCUCCUCAAGCCCAACCAAGUCCAAUGCUGAGUGGAACUGCUUUCGGUCCUCCUGGCUUUGGGAAUAUCGGAAUGGGGUACGGGUAUGCCGGUAUGGGCAUGCAGGGAAUGGGAUACAUGCAACAGGAGCAACAAGUCAACUCCAGACGAGGAAGGGUAAGUCUUCUUAGCUGGUAGUUAAGUGAACAAUACUGACGGAUUAACAGAGAUGAUUGUGACAAACGCUUGAAAUUUUACGGGCAUAAAAGGAGUUCGAUUUGCUCUGGUCAUUCAUUUCUUCUUCUUCGGGCUUCAGGUGUUAGUGUUCAAUGUGGAAAUCUUUCUUUCUGGCUCGGGGAUCUUCUUCUGCUUGCAGGAUGAUUUUCCAAUGCUCUACAAAAAUAAAGCCAUGGAUCUGGCUUGGCUCGGCUUGCCUCGACUUGACUGGACUUCGACGUCAACAGCGACGGUGACGGUGAUGGUGACGGCAGAUAAAAGUACAACUACACUGGGAUGUUGGUUGUAGUGUGGAUGUGCAUGUGCAUGUGGAUGUGCAUGUGGAUGUAAGUGUGGAUGUGGAUAAAUAUAUUCGUGUAUACAUUUGCGAAGGGAAGGAACUGCUGCUGGACUGGAUCAGAAUCUUUCAAUUUUUUCUUUUCUGUUUUCGCGCCGCGUUUAUAUGAGUAUGUGUGUGUCUGUGUGUGUCCGUGUGUCUGUGUGGAUUGAAGGCUUGAAAGAUUGAAGGCUUGAAAGAUUGAAGGCUUAAAGAAUCGGACUGGACCUUGAUGCAUGGAUCUUUGAGAGAGGGAGGUGGAGGUGGAGGUGGAGGUGGAGGUAGAUGAGAUGAGAUGAGAUGAGAUGGGGAAUAUUUGUAUAGGGUAUGUAUGGUGAAUAGGGAUAUGGAUAUGGAUAUUGCUGGGGAUAUGGAUGGGGAUGGGGGAACGUGAGGAUGGAUGGAUGGAUGGAUGGAUGGAUGGAUGGAUGGAUGGAUGGAUGGAAAGCAUGAAGGAAGGACAGAAAGCAGGAGGGAAAGGAAAGGAAAGGAAAGGAUUAGAUAGAAGAUAGGAAAGCAGCAAUGUGUGAAAUAAGAAGACAAAAAAACAUGUCAUGAAUGAAUAGAUCUCUCUCUCUCUCUCUCUCUCUCUGUCUUCUUCAUUGGUGAAAGGAGGGGAGGCUGUGAGCUGUGAGGAUAGCUGUGGCUGCUUGCUUGGAUUGGAUUAAAUUGGAUUGGUUUUGAUUGCUGACCUCUGUCUGCUGAACUUGGUAUUGAAUCUUCCCAGAGAAACGGACAAUCGAUUGCUUGCUUCGUCGCUCUGGGAGAUUUGUCAAUGGGUUUUCAAAGGUACCAACAAACUUAAAGGUUCAGAUACGG